AUGCAAUCCCCGCUACUUGUCCUGCCUGUGAAGGACACACGCGAUGUCGACUUGACCAAGCCGCUGUCUGCCCUUAUUCGAACAAGUUACGAGCAGAAUCCGGCGACGUAUGCAGAGGAGCUCGCCCGAAUCCAACAAGCGCGAGAAGAUGCCGUGAGCGAUAAGAACAGUGAUACGAACAGUCGUGAUAUGCUUUUUCGCUACUUUCACAUGGUAGAGAUGCUGGAGCUUCGUUUUCCUGAUAUGAAAGCUACGUUUGUCUGGUUCGAUGCGUUUACGCAUACGGAAGUCACACAACAGACAUGGGCUUACGAGAAAGCAUGCAUCAUCUUUAACACUGCUGCUCGUGUAGCUUGCAUUGCGUCCCAGCAGAAUCGCCAUGAUAGCAGCGCAGAUGCCCUUAAGCGAGCGUACGCUGGCUACCGACAAGCAGCCGGUCUGCUGGAUUAUAUCAAAGACAAUUUUCUGUAUGCGCCCAGUGAUGACUUAAAGGGGCCUACCUUACAGUCCCUACGCACACUCAUGCUCGUCCAAGCCGCAGAAAUCUUCUUGGAGAAAACGAUCCACGAUGGCAAGGGCGAUGCGCUCAUUGCUAAGCUAGCAAGUCAUGUGGCCGCGACCUACGGUGCCUUGGCCAUCGAGUGGGCCGACGAGACAUGUACGUGGCGCACACCUAUCAUGUGGGGCCAGUUGGUCCGUUGCAAAGCGGAGUAUUUCACAGCGAUGACACAAUACCACCGCGCCAAGGCAGACAAUGCCGCGGGCCAGCAUGCCUCCGCCCUGGCACGCUUCCGUCUAGCUGAUGCCAAAGCCCGCAGUGCAGCUAGUAUGACCAGCUUUGAAACCUGGAUGGUAGCUGCCCAUCUCCGUGAAACACUCACCAGUGAGGCCACAUCAAUGAUGCGCAAUCUCACACAGGCACAGUGCACGGCCACAGCCGAGGCCUUACGUGAGGCGGAGCGCGACAAUGACUUGGUAUACCAUGAGCGUGCCCCAGCCGCCGAGUCCUUAGCGCCCAUUGACCAAACGUCUGUGGCCACACCGAUUGCUAUUCGCGAACUCUUCUCCCAUCCAGACGUCCAAAAGAUGUUAGGGGCAGAUAUUCUGCAAGGUUUGGUGCCGCUCAGUGUGCUAGAAAGCGCCUCGAUGUACUCUGAAGAGCAAGCCAAGCUCGUUCGUGCUGAAGCAGCCAAGUUGCAAGACGGAGAGGAUGCAAUGCUACGGGCACUUUCGACACUGCAAUUGCCAGAGUGCUUGGAUAGGUACGCUGGCCUGGAAGGUCAUCAUCCUCCACCUACAUGUGUACCGUCCCACCGCAUCUCCGAUCUAGCCUCGGACUUGCAGGUUGGUGAUGUAUGCACCCGGAUGGAUCGGGAGGUAGCGGCGCUGUCCCGUCCUGUCGACAAGGUGCGUGAAGCCUUGGAAUGCGCUCGGUCCCUGCUCGAUAUCGAUGCACGGGAAUGUGAGCAUGCCCGUGUACAGUUCGGCGCGCAGUACACGCAACUCCCUACGGCCAGCGCUGGGCGCACGCUACGAAGGGAUAUUCAGGCAGCUCAGGAUGCUUUGGCCUCAGCGCAGGACAAGGAUCAAGCGAUCCAACAUCUGUGGCAGCAGGUGCAGUCGGACGUAGCGCUGCUUUCGCGUGGGCCUAACGCGGUGCAGACGGCGUACAAAGAGGCUGUGCAGGCUCGAGCCUCCCAGUCCCAACAAACACUGAUUGAUGCGGAUGUUGCAGACGCAGCGCCGGCGCGUGCCCUCUUGCAGCAGAUCCGGACGGAUGUGAAAGCUUUGCAACACAUGCCAUCGGAGCGCGAAGCAAUGUUGCAGGAGCUCAAGCAACAAGUACGCCAAGACGAUAUCUCACGAACACUCCUACUCAACCGGCGUGUGAAAAACAUUGAGCCGACCCUCUUCGCUCAGGAGCUCAAUAAGUACGCGCCACUUCGGCAGCGGAUGGACGAUCAUCUGGCCCUGCAACAGAAACGCAUUGAAGCGCUGACCGACGCGCUGGAUCGGCUGAGUAUGCACCCAGGAGCGGCCGAUGUACGUCGCACGUGGGAUGCGACGCACAGCACCGCCCAGGAAUGGGAUGCGCGUUUGUUACGGGCGUACGAUGCUUAUGUCGAAGUCCAAUCAGGCAUGUAUCAGGCUCAGAAUUUUUAUACCAGUGCCGCGCAUACCAGUGAGCAACUGAGCCACCAGGCAGAAACCUUCUUGGCAGAGCGUCGAGCAGAGCGCGCGCCAUGGCGCAGUACAUCGAUGACAACGAGCUACACACCAAGUUCUACUUCUUCCACGACGCUAGCGGAAGAUCUGGCUGCACUGCAUAUGGGUUCACGAGCGCACUCUACGUCGUCAGCCCCCACACCCCCAUCAUGGCCAGCCCCCUCCAAUACCUAUGCGCCGCGCUUUGCGUCCUCGUCCUCGUCUCAACCUGCGCCCCCACCUCGUCCGCCCCGUGUAUAG